AUGGACAUUUCGGGGAAAACCCAACUGGUAACAAUUUUCAGAUACGUAUUUAACAGCGAACCAGUAGAACGUUUUUGGAAUUAUAUGAACCCCGAAAAAUGUGACGCUGAUACUUUCACAAGACAUAUUUUGAGCGUCGUAGAUCCAUUAAUAGGAAAUUUCCUUUACAAACUGAUUUCACAAAGCUAUGAUGGAGCCGCGGUAAUGAGCGGACAUAAUGCUGGAGUACAGGCAAAAAUUAAACAAAGAUAUCCAUUUGCUCACUGUGUGCAUUGCUAUGCGCAUCAGUUAAACUUGAUUACGUCCCAAGCUGCUUCCGCAAUUGGUCAAGUUCGGGUGUUCUUUGGGGAUUUGAAAGGUAUUUUUUAA